UUUCCUUCUUGGCAAGGAUCAUCAUCAUGCUGCUUGCAAAACAAGUUGCAAUUUACCAAGGCAGAUUUCCCAGUUGCACUGGAACGCAGCACGGCAGGGAUUCAGACAAGAGUUAUGGACGUCGGAUUGUCGGAACAACUCGUGACUGAAGCCUGCAAGGAUGGAGACCCCGCCACUAAGGACUACAUGGUGCAACAAACCAUGCUGAGGGUCAAAGAUCCUGCUCGCUCCCUGGACUUCUACACCCGCGUCCUAGGCCUCACGUUGCUGCAGAAGAUCGACUUCCCCUCCAUGCACUUCAGCCUCUACUUCCUGGGCUAUGAGAACAAAGCUGACAUUCCAGAGGACAUCCGAGACAGGACAGCCUGGACGUUUUCCCGCCGAGCCACCUUGGAGUUGACACAUAACUGGGGGUCAGAGAAGGAUGCAAGCUUGUCUUAUCACAACGGCAACAGCGACCCACUUGGCUUUGGUCACAUUGGGAUCGCCGUGCCUGAUGUUGCCACUGCUUGUCAGUACUUUCAAUCCCAAGGAGCGAGCUUCAUCAAGAAACCGGACUCAGGGAAGAGGAAGGGGUUGGCCUUCAUUCAAGAUCCUGAUGGCUACUGGAUCGAGAUCUUAAGUCCUAACAAAAUGGCACCCUUAUUGUCACCUUAGCGUCAUCCUCAUCCUUCACAUGCUUGUUACUACAGUAAUAAUCAAUGUCGUCAUUGUUCAAAAGAUUAAUAAACAAACUUUAAUACAA